ACUGCACAGCGAUGACGACCUACUCAGACGAUGCUGAGGACUGCAGCUGGUCCUGCUCGCCAAGAGUCGAAUUCAUCGUGCUCGAUUCCACAACAAUAGGCUCGUCUCCGAAUUUCUGCUUGAAUGCAUCCUGACGCUUCAACCACAUCAUGUGCGCCUGCGAGCAUAGAGUAGUCGCUUGUGAUACCCUAACUCAAGAUGUCUGCUGGAGGAUAGAAGCAAAAUUGCUUGCGAUUAAGCGAGCCAUGUGCUUGCUAAGAAAGAAAUCUUUCACAGACUGUAAAAGGUCGUCACAGAAACUUGAAACAUUUGCAAGUAAUGAGCAGCAAUGAUUCUUCAAAAGAAUGUUGCAGAAGAGCAAGCGACUUGCAGCAUUCGUCGAAGGCUAACCUAAAAGAUUCUCCAUGAAUCGAAUUUUGGAACCGAUCCACGACGACGCUGGAAGAUAAACUAGUCUACUACAAAAUCGGUGGAGUCUCGUGAAUUCCUAGCAUUUAAUUGCAGGUUAGUGAAAGAGACGACGGAGCAUUGUGUUGAAGCGAGUGGGUCUACCUGCAGUGCGAUUGCCCAGAUUGUGAUGAAACCGCCUAUGGCCACUCUUUUCUGCAUGCUGCUGCGGUCGGGGUCACCCGAUUGGAGUUACCGCGGGAAGGUUUUGAGGGGCAAUCUGCUUCCGGCACCCGAGAAGAAACCACUGCGAGGAUGUGUCUAAGACUAGCGAGCAGCUUGCCGAUCACGAACGCUGAGUUUGAAGAAAGCAAUGCCCUGUAUUUAGUGCGCAAUCCAUCGCCAGCCAGGAGGAGGAAAGACUGUGCCAGGAAUCAAGUCUGUCCGUCCUUGCUUCCUCUUCCCAAUCGAAACCUCGGCGAUCAUCGCCAUCGGACGGUCCACCAGAGUUUGAGGACUCCGGCAGUAAAGAGGGAACACUGUGCGACGGGGAGGAGAGAUUGGAUAAUCCUCGACAUUCAAACAUCAUGAAAUUCCGCGCUGUCCUCACCGAUUAUGGAGUGAAUUUGCUGGAACGGCGUUUCUUGCCGGCUUUGGAGAAGAUCGGAAAAACUUGCCACAUUUUAUUGACACAGCAUCACGUUAUCCUUCUGCAUAAUGUACUCAACACGAGUGGUGUCCAAGCAAUUGCCCAGUUCACGAAGGAGGCCAUUUUUGAGGAUUAUCGGCUUUCAAGCCAGUAUGACGACCGGAUAGCAUUCACUGUGGAUCUCGGUCUAUUAUCCCGGGCCCUGAAGAGCAGUGUGAGCAUGGACGGGGAUCUGCUGCAGAUUAAACUUGUCAAAAAGCGCGCGAAAAUCACCGACAGGCCAACACCUUACUUGACCAUCGAGAGCAAGGGGUUCAGAUCAGCCGUAGUGCAAGAUGUUCCCAUCAGUCAGCCCAUGCCUCGAGUUGAAGUGGAGGAACUACAGGCAGCUCUUGAUAUGGCCCAGGAUCUCCCACGAACGUUGGUUCAGGUCCCGAAUUUGAUACAGCUGCAUGCACUGGUGGAACGGCUGAAGAACGUGGGGGAAGUGCUUGAAGUGGGAGUAACUCAGUAUGGAGAUCUACAUCUUCAAGUUUCGACUACUUUAGUGUCAAUUGGUUCCGAGUUUCGAAAUCUUCGCGUGCUCGGAGUUCGAGUUGAUGGUAAUUCCAUAGACGCGACCUUGAACUCUUCAGAACGCCUUCGGGAUGCCUUAGACAAGUCAUUAGCUUCUGUGGUGAAAGUCGACGUUAAGCAGUUCGUCAAGAGUUUGCAGUGUCAUCACACCAAGCCUGAUGCAUCUUUCUGUGGAAUUGCUCCGAAUGAUGGCUGCUUGUUGAUUAUGCUCCAAUAUUUCAUUCCUGGAACGAGGCAGACUGAUAACUCUAUCAGCCUGCAUUACAGAUUGCCCGUGCUUUUAGAUGGUGCAAACUAGCUCUUAUAUGUGGAGAAUGCCCAUAACGAAUGAUUUAGACAGGGCAUGAUACCAGUCAAUCUUGAUUGUGAAUCUAAUGUAAAUAUCCGCCAUAAUACAUUUUUUUGAACUGCUUUGUUCUGCUCGC